CAGAAUCGUUGCAAAAUCUGUAAUGGAUGUUGGAUCUGGAACUCCUUUUGUACCGUAUUAUACAGACGUUUACAGUAAUAGCACUUCCAACGAAACAACAGUGACGAGACUAGAAUGCAUACUUCGGAAUUCUGAGGGAAAUCCAAUGGUUAACAUGACAAUACCAGUCACAACUUUCACUAUUUGUUUACUGGGAAAUUUAUUUGCCAUUGUGUUUCUAUGGAAAAGUAAUCAAAGAUCGGAUAAUAAGCAACACAUCUUUUACACACUCGUGAUGACAUUGGCAUGCUGUGAUUUUGUCAGCGCUAUAUUGACGUCACCACUAACAUUCGUCGCUUAUAUGAGUGGAAGAUGUGUUACUGAACUUGGCGGCGUGGCACUUUGUAGAUAUUCUGGUUUUACAAUGAUCUUUUUUGGCAUCGGAUCUGUUGCGAUUGUAUUUGCAAUGUCUUUGGAAAGAUUCAUCGCGAUUCGAUAUACAAUGUUUUAUCAGAGAACGAUGACAACCCACAAAACCCGAGUUUUUCUAAUUGUAAUUAUGAUUGGAUUAAUUAUUCUCUCUUCGCUACCAUUACUUGGAUUCGGGGAUGUCGCUCAACAAUUUCCUGGUUCCUGGUGCUUUUUAGAUUGGAAGUCAAGAGACCCACAUCAUCAAGUGUUCAACUUUCUUGUUGCAUGCCUUGGAAUUUUGCUGAUGUUGGCAACUAUUAUUUGUAACUUGAUUGUUGUUGGGACGGUAACGGCGGCUAGAAGGCGAAUGAAGGAUCGAAACUCCUCCCAUAAUCUCGUGUCGAAAUCAAAAAGAAAGAAAAUGGCACAACAAGAAAAUCAGAUGAUGAUUUUGCUCGGCGUGAUGACGACUGUAUUUGUUGUGUGUUAUCUACCAAUUUUGCUUCGAAUCAUCGUAAACCAAGUAUUAAGCAUAUAUUCAGAAGAAUUCGCCAAAACAAAUUUGUCAAGCUGGGAUCUGUUUGCUGUCAGGAUGGCGUCAAUCAAUCCCAUCAUCGAUCCAUGGGUUUACAUUCUGUGUCGUCGUUCCAUUCUGAUGAAAACUUUCCGAAUUUUAAAACUACUGUUUUUGUGUCGAUGUGAUAAAGGAGAAUUUCAAGAAAUUUGUUUGAGCAGCAGAGAAUUUAGGAGAAGGCGAAGUACAAUGAGUCAAAGGUCCGUUACGUCUGGUGUUGCAAGGAUGGCAAGUGUGACUAAUACAAAUGGAAGAAAGUCAUCCCCAAAUGCAACUCAAGCAAAGUAUCACUCGACUUACAAAGAGUCUGUACCACUGUCUAACCGCGAGGACGAAAAGAUAUGCGCCACAAGUGGCGAUAAAGCACUGUGGGAGAAUUGUACAGACAAAUCUGAAGCUGACGCAAUUUUAAAAAAGUCAGAAAUGAACAAACAAAUGCCUAUACCGUGAUAAGGUUCUUCGUUGUUACUGUAUUAUAUUUACUUUCAAUUUCAUAUUAUCUUUACCUUUUUUUGUUUGAUAGAUUGUUAUAUUUAAUAGUGUUGUAUAACAACCUGACAUCUUAUCAAGGUGAACUAGCAUAUUUUUCAAUUAUUCUCGAAUAGGUAGGUAUUCAUGAAGUUGUACCCGGUAUUAUAAACAGCCAAUUUUCACGUCGAUAACUAUAUCUUAAAACUUUUAUGCUUUAUAUAGUGUUCUAAGGCCCACGGGGUUCGCGGUAUUUUAAUUUUUUUUUUUCAAUAUCCGACAAUAUUGGUAUAUCAGUUCAAAAAUACGAUUUUAUCAAAAUAAUAAACACUAUCGGUAAAUUCAACUAAUGAUAUUUCAGCCAGAAUUUCAGUAAUUUUUAUUUUUAAAACUGAUUUAUAAAUUUAUAGAAAUUCAUAUACAAACAGUAUUUAUGUUUUCUUUAGUGUUCUAAGUUUUGUGACAUGAUAUGUGGAAGCUGUAGAUAGAGUUCUAAAAGUGUUACAAUUUUUUGUGUUUAUAUUCAAUAUUCAACAUUUCAUUUGUCUGUACUACUGUAAUUUUACUAUAAAUAGAGAUGAAAAUUGGUGCAAACUUUAGUUAAACUUAUGAUUUUAUUGAAUAAUAAAAUGAAAAGUACAGUAGUAUUGUUGAAAUACUAAAAAUAAUAUUGAAGUAAAGUGAUACAAAACAAACAAAAUAAAACGAGGAAAGAAAAAAAGGAAUCAAAAAAAAUGGUAGGGUUGAAGAAAAGCAGAUGGUGAGAGUAAUCAAAAUAAUAGUAAAAAUUAUAUACAUAUUUACAUAAAAAGGAAUGCGACAAAAGCAAUACCAUAACCUUUUCGGCGCUCCGGAAGUGUGUGGGAGGUAAUAUGGAGAAAACUAAUUUUGUUCGCCUAUUUUACAUCAAGUUGUGUAAAGGGACUGAAAUCUAUGGGUGGGUAGUAUAUUCAAUUGGCUAACACAGACAGUCUCCGGACUCGUAAUAGAACUAAAAUAAGGAAAAUCGGAAUAAAAUUAUGGCCUAACCUUAACCUGGUACACACACUACAGGAGUAACUCAUUUUCUGCUAAAAUGUUUAGAUUAUAGAUAAAUCUUUGGCUAAUUAUUGUCAAAUGGCAGAUUCAGUUGGUUCACGAGAAACAAACUCUUGGGUAACAUGCUGUUUGAAAUGUCAAUAAAAUACAGUCCAAAUACUCAUAUGUGUUUAUCAAAGUAGAUAUUGUAUAGUAAUAAGAAUCAUAUAAAUAUAGUGAGAUAUCAGCAUAUCGGUAAGUUCAUUUAAAUUCCAAACAUUUUUUUCAAUUAAUAUGGAUA